AUGAUCGCACAAACACCCACCGCCCUGCUCCUACUACACCUCCCCGAUGAGGUCUUGAUCACCAUCUUCAGCUUCCUCGAUUUUCGAACUCUGUGCAAUGCUACGCUCGUCUCCAAGCACUUCGACGACCUGGCAGAGCCCUUUCUGUAUCACACAAUCGAGGUGGUCAGCGGUCGUCAAGCCGCCGCCCUGUCAGCCAGUCUACAUGCUAAUCCCCGCCGGACCGCAUGGAUUCGCUCUCUGCUUGUCUCCACUAAGUUUGGGGAUGAUAAUGGCUUGAGCACACUACCACCUUACAUCUUCAUGAUGCGAAACCUCCAAGAUCUUUGCUUAGAGACACCUGAUUGCAAUGCGAAAUUUCCCGAGGAGAGAGUAGGCUGGGUCAAUCUCCAGGAUCGGUAUGAGCGCAUCUUCGAGGCUGCUUCUGCAGUUAUCCCCAACAGUGAUGAGCGAGCGUUGCCGCAUCUGAGGAAUUGCACGUUACACUUCGUUGAUGGUCAGAAGGAGAUCUAUUCUAUGACCAAAUACGCAAUGCUGUUCUUACACCCGAAUCUGCGGUCGUUGACAAUGUCAUGUGCCAGCACCGAUUUCCCCGACCGACUGCUGCGACAAUUCCAGGACGAUCAGGCACUCAUCGGUUCGACUAACCUCGAGCAUCUACAUCUCGAAGAAUGCGAUAUCUUCUCGCUUUCUCUGGAAAUCUUGUUGAGUUUCCCUCGAGCGUUGAAGUCCCUGAAGAUCAGUGAAGGCAUCCGCUACGACGGCAUGUUCACGAGGAACAGUCGCAUGCACGGUAACGUGUCUCCCGGGACCUUUGUGGAUGCCAUAGCCCGGCACUGUACCCACUCGCUCGAGCACUUGUCUUUAAGCCUGGGAUACUCGAGACCGUCUCAUCAGUCCUUCAACCAUCCCGGCCAACAUCUCAAUCUGUCAGCCUUUCGUGCUAUCAAGCAACUUGACCUUGACGUGCGAACAGUCAACUUGAUCAGAGUCCGAGCAGUGUGUGAUCACGCUACAUGGCGCAGACUCCCUCCAAAUCUCGAGACUCUCAAAGUGUUUGGUAUUCCGUUGGGUGACCGACCACCGUUUCACGCUAGGCGACGUGUUUGGUUUCCGUUUGAAACAUGUAUCGCGACCGACAAAGCGAAACAUGGCGUGCCACUUCUCAGUAACUUGGUACACUCGUACGAAUAUUACAGAGAAGAUGACGAGCCGAGAUUGGCCAUUUCCGAGGAUGGAGAAACGGUGGAACAAAUCAGCCAGGUCGUGCUCGCACAGCGUCUGAUGGUCGAAAAGUGCCGAGAACUGCAACCUGUCUUCAAAAAGGCCGGUGUGAGGCUUGUGAUUGAGAUGGUGGCCUUACCUAACGGAUUCAUCCCGCCAUAUCUAUUCACAGAAGAGAAGCCAAAAUAUUUCACGCUGUGGGAAUCAGCUCCGAGAUGA